GACCUUUUGGUCUUAUUCAUGGCCUGGUUAGGCUUUAUAAGAGAAGUCAGCAGGAUGGGAAAGCACUGAAGAUCUGACGACUACUGAGUGAUGAGUAUGAUGGCAGUCAUACGGCGUGGUGUGUGGGCUUUAUUGCUCUGGCCCUAUCUGCUUACCGGCAGCCUCCCACUGGACUGUAAAGAAGAUCACGGUAGCUUCUCCCGCUGCCCCUCCAUCUCCCAGGAGAAACUUCUCGACCGGGUCAUCCAGCAUGCUGAGCUUAUCUACCGUGUCUCCGAAGAAUCUUGCUCCUUGUUUGAGGAGAUGUUUGUUCCGUUCCCAUUGCAGCUCCAGAGAAACCAAGCUGGCUAUGCGUGCAUAACCAAAGCCUUACCCAUCCCCAGCUCCAAAAGUGAAAUCCAACUGAUAUCUGAUAAAUGGUUGCUCCACUCAGUGCUGAUGCUGGUCCAGUCCUGGAUCGAACCUUUGGUUUACCUGCAGGCUACACUGGAUCGCUACGAUGGUGCUCCGGACAUGCUGCUUAACAAAACCAAGUGGGUGUCUGAGAAACUGAUCAGUCUGGAGCAGGGGGUGGUGGUUCUCAUCAAAAAGAUGUUGAAUGAGGGAAUGACAACCACAGCCUACAGUGAUCAAGGCCUCCUCCAGUAUGAUGUGCAGCCAGAGAUGCUGGAAUCUGUUAUGAGAGACUACACUUUACUGAGCUGCUUCAAGAAGGAUGCCCAUAAGAUGGAGAUUUUUCUGAAGCUUCUCAAGUGUAGACAAACUGACACAUACAACUGUGAAUAAAACAUGAAGUGCAGCUUUUAAAUAAUACAGUGUUUAGCCUUAAAUGAAUUUCUAAGGUUGGUAGCCGUCCACUUAUAGAUAUGACCAUGCCUUAGGCGAUUCAGCUUCGCUUGCGAUGCAGCACAUUCGUUAUUGAUUGUUUUGGAACACCUUCACACAAAACUAAGUAGGUGUAAUACUGUGCCCUUUCUUCAACAUACUGCAUUUUAAAUUCUCCUGUUCAGUUGUUAUUUUAACCUGGCAAAGGCAGCAGAGGGCAAACUCCCGAAAGAUUAUUUG